AUGUCAUCAAACACUAUCUCAGAAACUAAUCUAAAAGAGCUUGAAGAGUUCCAAAAAAGCACGUUAUUGUACAGUGCCGAAACAGAUUUCAAUGAACGUAUCAAAACAUUAUUAUCAGAAAAGGCUAAAGAAGGAGUUAAUUAUGAUCCAAGGGAACUUGAUCCACAAAUUUCAAAUUAUCAAGAUCUUUUCGAAAGAUUAAAAUUCUUAUAUUUGGAACAAGAUGCUAAAGAUAGAUUUUUUAGAAAAAUAUUGGAAACUAAUUCGAAUAUUAAUAAAAUUGAUAUUGAAAAUGCAAAUAAAAACAUUGAAGAUUGGAAAUUGAAAACAGAACUCAAGAAUAAGAGUAUUAAAGAGGCAAUGGAGAAAAUCGAUAAGAUAUGUGAAGAACAAGAAUUAGGUCUUUCUAAAAUUACGGAAAUUUAUGAAUCUGUAAAAGCAAAACAACAAGAUCUUAAAAUUCAAAAUGAUAAACUUAAGAAACUUAAUAUCGAAAAUCAAAAUAAUACUGAAAAUGAUGAUCUUUCACCAAAAUUACAAGAUUUGAUAUCAAAAUAUUCUAAUUUAUCAGAAUCAGAUUCAAUAAUUAAUUCAAUUAAUGAAAUGCAAAAAUUUAGUGAAGAGAAAGUUAAAUUAUUAGAUGAAAAACUCGAAGAUAUCAAUAAGAUGCAUAAAACUAUUGAAGAUAAAAUUCAAUAUUUACAAAAUCGGAAAUUUCAAUAUGAAGAAAGUUUACAAAAAAAUGAAAAAUUAACUGAAAAAUUAAUAAAUAUUAAUAAUGAACAAUCUAAAACAAUUAAAGAUCCCAAAAUUCAAUUAAAAUUACAAAAACAUGAAAAUUUGAAAACUCUUAUGAAUAUUUGGUUUAAAAUAACAAAUAUUUCAAAUUUUGAAUUUAAUGAUGAUGAUAUAUUACAUUUUAAUUAUAAAGAUUUCCCUCAAACAAAAUGUUUAAUUAAAUUUAAUUCAUCAAAUGGAUUAAUUGAAUCAAUAAUUUUUGAUUUAAUUCAUCAAGAUAAGUUAAAACAAUUAAUUAUAAAAAGUAAUAACUCUUCAAAUCCAUUAUUUCAUGCAUCACAGUCAAUUUAUGAAGAAAUUACAAAAUAA